AUGGAGCAUGCACUACAUGCUCAACAUGUCCUGGCUAACCAAUACAUGGAAUUUGUGUCCUAUCAGCUGUUAGGAGAGGCACAACAUUGGUGGCAAGGAGAGUCGUUCUAUAGGAAAUAUUUCCCGGAGUCAGUGAGAGAAGCAAAGAAGUUAGAGCUUAUGCAGCUGAAGCAAGGCUCUUUGUCUGUGGCGGAUUACACAAGUUGGUUCGAGGAGCUCUGUAGGUUCUCUAGGGUGUGUCAAGGUGCCUCGGAGUCCUAUGAGAGCUGGAAGUGCAUUAAGUGCCAAGGAGGCUUGAGGGAUACCAUUAUGACUGCUACGACUCCUCUAGAGAUUCGAAUCUUUUCCGAGCUUGUGAACAAGGCGAGAGUUGUGGAAGAGUGUGCAAAGAAGGUGGAUUCAUCAAGAGACACUCGUAUGGGAAACAACAACCGUGGGCAAGAAAAAUAUUUUCAACCAAGAGAUCAGAGCUUCAAGAGAGGAGGACAUGCACCUCAAGGUCAAGGGGGCUUUAAGCGAAAUACUUAUGCUCAGUACCAUCCGGUCAGAGGUAGAGGUAAUCAGAGUAAGGCUUCUCCAGAUUCAAUUUGUAACCAUUGCGGGCGUUAUCAUCCGAAUGACUCGUGCAAGUUGGGUAUAGGUGGAUGCUUCACUUGUGGACUACCUGGACAUAUGGCGAAGGAUUGCCUUCGUGGGAGGAACUCGAAUGCGGGUCAGAAUCAAUACCAAGGGCAGGUGUUUGUUGUGAAUGCCCAAGAUGCUACUAAGGCAGAUUCGUUGAUGAGAGGUAUAUGCUUAAUUGGUGGUAAAAUGUUGAUUGCAUUAUAUGAUACUGGAGCUUCGCAUUCGUUUAUUUCUUUUGAUAAGGUUGAAGAACUAGGAUUGAAAGUGUCAGAGUUAGCAUUUGAUUUGCAUGUGCAUACCCCGUAUCAGACGGUUGUGACUAGGUCAGGUUGUAGGCAAGUAGGUUUCAAGCUUGAGAAUAGAGAAUUUGUUCAUGACUUAAUAUGUUUGCCAAUAGUUAGAUUUACGGGUGGAAACAGGGAGAUUGAAUUUGCAAUUGACUUGGUGCCGGGAGCCGGACUAGUGUCGGUUACACCGUACCGAAUGGCUCCGAUAGAGCUGGCUGAAUUAAAGAGUCAUUUGGAGGAGUUUCUUAACAAGAGGUUCAUCCGACCGAGUGUAUCUCUGUGGAGAGCACCAAUUUUGUUGGUAAAGAAGAAAGAUGGAGGAAUGUGA